CGACUACAGAUUCCCAGCGGCGACACUUCGACAGUGAGGCGUGGAACUGGCAGCAUGACGGGAGCCCUUAUCAACCUCGUUUUGCUCAUGCAGCUACGUUUUCCCGACGCCGAUCGAGGUUACAUCAUUCCGUGCCGCGGUGCAUCUCUGCAUGUGAAGCUCGGCAACGAGCUCGAGCGAUGAGCACGGCGCUUCAGGCUCCACAUCGCGUCCCAGCCUCUCCUGCUUCGUAAUGACUCUGCAGAACGGGCACCACGGUAAGAGAUGACGACGACUCGAACUAACGCUGCAAAGAGAAACCAAAGCUGUAAAAACGGGACAAAGGCGCGUAUUAUCAUAAAGGUGCGGCGGCAGUGCAGCAGAACCCCCGCCGAGGAGGUGUAUUCUCACCGUCAGGCCCCAGCGCACCCAUCGCAGCGUCGGCGGCCGCGCUGGCUGCUGCGGAACCGCGCGACGCGGUGGGCGUCCUCGGGAGAGAGAGCGGGGCGCUCGCGCGGGCGGGGCCAGCCUCUUGCCCGCCUCUGCGGGCAUCGCGGGGCGCAUGGCGGGUCCCGGCGACCGAGACGCAGUCCGGCCACGCGAUGCCCGAGCACCGGACUGCGGAAGCAGCCCGGCAUCGGCGCAAGGCCUAGUUUCGCAUCGCCCGUUGGCGCGCGGUCUUCGACGCCUGGUCCGGCGUUUCGUCGCAGCGAGUGUCGUUUCGGGAUCGGCGAGUCGAAAGGUCGGCCGUCGCGUGGCAACGAACACGGCGCACCGAGCUCCGUCGUUAAAACCGCGAGUGUGAAAGUGUUCGGCCUGUGAAAUAGUUGAGGCGCGGUACUCGAGUGCGACUUCACGUGCAGCAGCAGCAGCAGGUCGUCUUCCUCUGUGGACGGGAGAUUUAUUCGGACUUCCUGUGGAAGUGAGAUACUGACCUACCACUUUCCGCCAAGUCUUGUCAUAACUGCUGAAGAAACUACGUCGCCUGUCAUACUGCACCGGUCCGACUCCGCUGGCAUCAGGCAAGUUGUUUCAGGGCAGGUAACCAAAGCUGUCUUCGUCAGGGAUCGCUGGUGUCUGAGUUGCGGCAGCAUCCACAUUCCACAAAGUCGGCUCACCACUCGCAUCGCUUGCGGAUAUACGUCUACGAAGAUAACCAAAGAAGCUUCUUGAGAAAUACGUCGAAAGAACCAUCUCUCUGGCCUGCAAGGAGGACUCUGUUAGCGCAUUGGGUGCGUAUCCAUAUCCCCAGCUGCAACAGAGUACAUCGCUCUCCCAGACCCCGCGCGCGCGGCUUUCCCAUUUAGUGUCAUCGAAGCGUUGAGGUGGCGGCAGCUGCGCGUUCAGAAAGUGGCCCCUCGUGACAGGUCAUCGGUUUAAGGACGGCCGAAGGAGCAGGCAACGUUCCACGUUCCGUAGUGCUCGUGUUAUUGGGAAACGUUUUUUGAUGCCAAGUUUUGUACGAACAACGUCAAUUUAAACCUACGAUUGGUGCCACGGAAAUAUAUCUGACCAGCUGAUAGCGCAGAAACAUCGUAAAGGUUGAUUUCUUGUGCUUCGUCAAAUGGGAAGUAAGUCCGCGUGCUUAAAAAGCUAUUGUUUAUUCUAAUCAUUAAGAACGGCACGCCGCAAGUUUAUUCGCUGAGAGAGCUCUGAGCAUGAUUCUGCAGAGAAGACUUUGUUCCGCCUUCACUGUGGCUUGCUGUGGGCUAUUGUCAGUAUUGCGAGCUCCCUGACGAACACCCACAAGUGCGAAGUACCGAGUGCUGUACAAGCAAUCACGUGGACUCCUUCACGCCAGCAUACAUCUAGCGAGCCAAAGAGGAACGUGUCUAUGCUGCCAUCCAUGCAUUGCGUCCCGCAACAGGUAUCCACCUGAACUGCGCACUCUGCAGGGCUGAGGAAACUUGCAGUUUCCGCGUUUCAGUUUCUGCGCUCGAAGAUACUGGAGUUUCUGAAAGCCAGUUAUAGUGUUUCUUAUAAUCGCUGAGGACAUCAACCGGACAUUUGGCUUACCCUAGGCAACCAAAGAGUGUGUCCUGCUCUCCGGGAGAGACUAAGAUUCUCUUUAAAGGUUUUUUUUUCUGGUAGUUCCAGGCCGGUCAUAGUGCAACAAGACAAUAAGUAGUGUUACCUGCUGCCUUACCGUCACUUAUAUACUCAGCCAGUUCUGUUGACAGCGAGGUGUCUAUAGGGUCGACUGACAGUCGCAAGCGAAGAAGGAAGCCGGACCUCGCUUGGACAUGAGCCUAGUGGGAGGCUUUCCCCCGGCGGCUGCCGCCGCUUUCGCCGCCCAGGAGCCCCUGUACGGGGCGUACUACGCCGGCGGGCCACCGGGCGCCGAGUACCUGGGCUGGCUGCUCGGCGACCAGGCGACGGCCGGCGACCUCACCGGCAGCGGCGUGCCGGCGGCGUGCUCGUACUCGGCCGGCGGCCCCGCGAGGCCGGGCUCGGCGGACGAGCCCUGGGCCUCGCCUCACCCGCCCAGCGCCCCGCCACCGCCGGCGGGGCGCGGGGUCAAGCGGCGGGUGACCGCCAACCGCAAGGAGCGACGCCGCACGCAGAGCAUCAACAACGCAUUCGCCGAGCUGCGCGAGUGCAUCCCCAACGUGCCGGCCGACACCAAGCUGUCGAAGAUCAAGACGCUGCGGCUGGCCACCUCUUACAUAGCCUACCUCAUGGACCUGCUGCAGGGACCGCCGGGAGCCGCGCACCAGGCGUGCUUCAAGGCCGACCUGCAGGCGGCCCACGCAGCGCUCACGCUCCACCAGCAGCAGCAGCAGCAUCAACAGCAGCAGCAGCAGCAGCAACUCCCUCCACCACAGCAGCUCACGCCGCUCAGCUCGCCUGACGACGUGCGCCGAAAAGAGCUGUCACUCAAGUGGUUUCCCCUACCAGGCGCGGCAUCAAGGCGAACGUUAUACAGGCCGAGAAGAGGGGCAAAGGCCGGACGGGCUGGCCACAACACGUCUGGGCUCUGGAGCUGAAGCACGACGCCUGAGACUCGCCGCCCACGCGUCGGCCGACUGCACGCAACUCGCAGCACGACUGUGCUUCUGCUGCUCUCGCAUGCGCAAGCGGUUGAGUGAACCCACCGUGCAUCACGCGGAAACAGUGACACCGCGGUGGGCCGACACUGAACGACUGCUGCGCCGAGGCUUCGAACAGUGCUGUGCCGCCGGACGGGACAAAAUGUGAUCUGUGAACGGAAGGAUUUUUUUUAUUAUUAUUACUGUUAUUGCGGCUUAAGAUAAUUUGUGCUGCGCGCUUCGGAAGAAGACCUUGCCCGGACUUUGCCCGCGCUAGCCGCAGGAGCGCGUAGUCAUCGCAAUAUUUGUAGUUGAAAAGAAAGCGGUGAUAUAGCCUGGGAAGCACGGUGUUGGGGGCCACCGUCCUGAGGUAAAAAAAAAAAAAAGGCACAGAUUCAAAUUUGGUCGCACGCAGAAGGCGCUAGCCACCCAGUCAAUCACAAAGUUUAAUAAACGUCGCGCGUGCAAACAUAAACACAUUCGCAGCUAAGAAACUAUAACGCGCACCAGGUCAAAGGGAUUGUCAUGUUUAAAACUGUGCACCAGCGCCCGUGCCUUGCGCCGCUGUGCCACAUCGUGAUAGCUGAUACCAAAGCCAGAGAAUGUGUGUUCCUAUAGUCUUCUUCUUCUUUCUUUCUUUUUUUAAAACUAUUUUUGCAUAAUAAUUUCCAAGGAUUCAUUCCUUUAACCGGUGUGUGGUACCGUGAGCAGAGACUAACGCUAUAUAUACGUACGUCUUCCGGAAAACACUGUGUCGGAAAUCGGCCGAGUGGAACGUCCGCGUAUACUGCAGCGGGCGUCACAACACAGGUGAAACACGCAGGACUGGACGAAAGUGGUGCGAUCCCGUGCGAGGCAGUGUCCCGCGGUCACAAGCGGAGCCGUCACCCAGAGGAAGAGAAACACGCAUUUGCGCGAAGUCGCUCCCGGCGAAGAACUGCACGCGAAAAGAGGUGUUACAUUUCUCCGCGGGUCACCCUGCACUCACCUAUACAUGUACUCACGCAUGAACUGACUCUCGAAUCGACCACACACUGCACGGUAAUUUUCGGCAGCGAGAAGGGACGCAUCCAAAGGUUAACGCCCAGUGCAACUAUAGUAUAUAUACACGCGAAGAGUUUGCGCGAUAGUGACUGUUCUGUUUCGCGACAGUGUUCUGUGCAUUUGUCAAGCAGGAAGUGUUGUAAGGUUUAGAAAUUCGAAUUUUUGCGUAUUUGGGCAAGGUUUAAGCAGCAGACAUCAUCGACACUAUAUAUUAGCGAAGGCUCUACUGCACAAUGUGUCGAGUCAUCGGAUCCUUUAUUGGCCAAACAUCGACGCAACUACGCGAAUAAACGUCGAAGACAUGAUCGUCCCUUGCCUUGACGAAACUAAUGGAAAUUAGUUGAACCUGGAGGGUGGCGACGAAAGUCAUGGUCGCCAUGUCCAUUUUUUCAAAUAAUUAUAGGCGUACGCGUUAUGCAGCGCGCAGUUUUCUGUUUAUGCAAAUCGGCCGCUAGCUGCCGGCCUACAUGGACUGAAACACAGCUGCAGGUGAAAGCAGUACGUGUUAUAUGCAGAUGUGCAUGUGCAGACAAGCAGCACCUUGUAGAGCGCCAUGCUUUCUUUCCAACGUAAGACUUCGCGUUUGCGCGAGCCAGAGCCUGAUGACAAUACUCGCAUAUCUGUUGUCAAAAGCUACGAAAUUGCUUCUUUUCGCUUGUUCUUAGCAGACGAGGUUGUUGGAGACAAUGAACUGAAACCGCCCCACCUAUAAUUAUUACUUAUACCAAUAAUGGUGAUAGCGUUUCCCUCUUGUAAAUACCGGCUGCAUUGUUUUUUGCCUCGCGGAUGAAUUUUGUUGAAAUUGAAACUAUAAUGUUUGAUUUGAAAGUGUUUUCUUUUUUUUUCUGUUGGUUUACGAAGGUCGCAGAUAAUUUACAAAAUCUGUUGUCACUUAUCUUACUAGAUCACUUAAGUGCAAUGUUUUCUAUCUCUCGUGCUUUUUUUUUUGACGGGGUUUGUUUCGAAAUAAAGGCAGCAAUGUACAUCUCA